GCAGCCUGGCCGCCGCCGCGCCACCAAACUUUCCCGGGAGCCAGCGCCGGGAGUGAGCCAUAACUGGUGGUUGCUCUGGCACCAAUGACCUUCCCCAAUUCCUCCUGCCUCUUAGAAGACAAGAUGUGUGAGGGGAACAAGACUACCAUGGCCAGCCCCCAGCUGAUGCCCCUGGUGGUGGUCCUGAGCACCAUCUCCUUGGUCACAGUGGGGCUCAACCUGCUGGUGCUGUACGCCGUACGGAGUGAGCGGAAGCUACACACCGUGGGGAACCUGUACAUCGUCAGCCUCUCGGUGGCAGACCUCAUCGUGGGUGCUGUCGUCAUGCCUAUGAACAUCCUCUACUUGCUCAUGUCCAGGUGGUCGCUGGGCCGUCCUCUCUGCCUCUUUUGGCUUUCCAUGGACUACGUGGCCAGCACAGCGUCCAUUUUCAGUGUCUUCAUCCUGUGCAUUGAUCGCUACCGCUCUGUCCAGCAGCCCCUCAGGUACCUGAAGUAUCGCACCAAGACCCGAGCCUCAGCCACCAUUCUGGGGGCCUGGUUUCUCUCCUUUCUGUGGGUUAUUCCCAUUCUAGGCUGGAAUCACUUCAUGCGGCAGACCUCGGUGCGCCGAGAGGACAAGUGUGAGACAGACUUCUAUGAUGUCACCUGGUUCAAGGUCAUGACUGCCAUCAUCAACUUCUACCUGCCCACCUUGCUCAUGCUCUGGUUCUAUGCCAAGAUCUACAAGGCUGUCCGGCAACACUGCCAGCACCGGGAGCUCAUCAAUGGAUCCCUCCCUUCCUUCUCAGAAAUUAAGCUGAGGCCAGAGAACCCCAAGGGCGGUGUCAAGAAACCAGGGAAGGAGUCUCCCUGGGAAGUUCUGAAAAGGAAGCCAAAAGAUGCUGGUGGUGGAUGUAUCUUGAAGUCACCAUCCCAAACCCCUGAGGAGAUGAAAUCCCCAGUUGUCUUCAGCCAAGAGGAUGAUGGAGAAGUGGACAAACUCCACUGCCUCCCACUUGAUAUUGUACAGAUGCAGACCGAGGCAGAGGGGAGUAGCAGGGACUAUGCAGCCAGCAACCAGAGCCAUGGCCAGCUCAAGAUGGAAGAGCAGGGCCUGAACACGCAUGGGGCCAGUGAGACGUCAGAGGAUCAGAUGUUAGGUGAUAGCCAAUCCUUCUCUCGAACAGACUCAGACACCACCACAGAGACAGCACCAGGCAAAGGCAAAUUGAGGAGUGGGUCUAACACAGGCCUAGAUUACAUCAAGUUUACUUGGAAGAGGCUCCGCUCACAUUCGAGACAGUAUGUAUCUGGGUUGCACAUGAACCGCGAAAGGAAGGCCGCCAAACAGUUGGGUUUUAUCAUGGCAGCCUUCAUCCUCUGCUGGAUCCCUUACUUCAUCUUCUUCAUGGUCAUUGCCUUCUGCAAGAACUGUUGCAAUGAACAUUUGCACAUGUUCACCAUCUGGCUGGGCUAUAUCAACUCCACACUGAACCCCCUCAUCUACCCCUUGUGCAAUGAGAACUUCAAGAAGACUUUCAAGAGAAUUCUGCACAUUCGCUCCUAAGGGAGUCUCCAAGGGGAUGCAACAAAGUGAUCCUUAUGAUGUCCAACAAGGAAAUAAGGACAAAGGCCUGUGUGUUGCCAGGCAGGCACUUGGGCUUCCUGGAAUCCAAACCACAGUCUUUGGGGCUGGAUAGUUUGGAAAGAUCUUAGGCACCAUGGAAGAACAGCAGAUGGCUGUGAUCAGCAGAGAGCUUGAACUUUAAGGAGGAAGCGGAAUCUUUGCAAGAGAAUUAGACCUGUUUCUUAUAACUGGAUUCGAAAAGAAAAAAAAAAAACCAUAAAAAUAAAAGAGAAAGAGAGAAUUAGACCUGGAUGGAGCUCUCCUGCUUCUCAGGAACUGUGGGAGCUUCAGACUCCCAUUGAAAUUCAAGCUUUCGGAGUCAAAUGAUUGAAAACUGAAGGAACACAUGGCUAGCGUUCCAUCAGAGAAUUGAAAAGAUCUCUCGAGCCUUCCUAGAAUGGAGCUGUAUGACUGUGUAGAGACAUUAUCCAUGUGAAUAGUUGCUGUCCCCUUCCAGGGGUCACUUUGAGAGGCAUGACAGCUGUUCCACAGGGGCUGCCCCUUCUCAGAAAACUUCUAUUCUGAGCCUCUUUUACAGCUUUCUCCAGAACCAGUGUCUGAACCACCGGGAUAUUCUGCCUUAUUAUUUCUUAAUCAGACAUGUUUAGAGUGGAUAGAAAAUUAUACAGCUUGCACACCCAUCGUUUUUAACUCCAGAUUUCCUUUGGCUAUUAAAAAAGUGGUGGCAAAAGCCAUCC